CCCAAACUGUGUAUGUGUGAGUAAUCUUUGUCACUGAUUUUUCUAGAGCAAUUUUCUACAAAUAAUUUCCCCAUUAAUUCGAGACAAAUUAAAGUGCUGUCCAGGUGAAAAAUCGUGCAAUCAAAAAGUCCACAGUAUACUCUAUAAAAAUGUCUUCUACUGAUGACAUUCCACUCGCAGAUGAAGACUCCCAAGUCAUCAUCAAUGAUGAUGAGUCCCUUUCUAGAAAUAUGAUGAAUGGGCGUUCUCUGGACUCCCUUCCCAGUACAUUCAGUGCCAGUCCUCAGCAUUCGCACAGCCUCGAACAUGAUCUGUCUCCGGACGAACAUGAGGAAAAAGCACGACUAAUAACUCAGGUUCUUGAACUUCAGAACACCCUGGAUGAUCUUUCGCAACGUGUAGACAGUGUCAAGGAAGAGAAUCUCAAACUUAGAUCUGAGAAUCAAGUGUUAGGGCAGUAUAUUGAGAAUCUGAUGUCUGCCUCAUCAGUUUUCCAGUCCACUACACCAAGUUCCAAUCCCAAGAAAAAGUAGACGGGAAUUCCUUGGAGGCUGCUUAUUGAAAAGCAUUUUUUUGACUAAUUUCUAACACCAAAGAUAAAUAUUUCCUAUCAAUUUUUAUCAAGCUUUCACACGCUCUCUAUGCAUCAUCAUUGCCUGGGGAUAAGUUCCCGAGCUAUAUUCAUAUUUUAAGGACAAUUUUACUGUAAUACACGACAAUUAAACGCUUAAUAAUAUUAUAAA